AUGUUCAGCACUUGCAUUGUUGCCGGGACUCUAACCAGACAGCGUCUGGCAGUUAUCUGCACUUCAAACAACUACCGCUUUUUUUCUACCAAUAGAACUCAAGGAGCCCAUGGCGUACAUGGAUUCCAGACUUAUGGAGAGGAUGCUCGUGCUCGUGAAUUCAAAGUCGACAUGGGACAGCGUCAAGUUUUUAAACCCAAAGAGACCUAUAUGCCUCGUGAUCUGAAUGACAGAAAUCUAGAGAUGUACACAAAGAAACUGGAUCUACCUCCAUCUGAAGAUAUUCUCAAAAAACUAGGCAUUGAUCCCAUCAAAGAGUAUCGGAAUGUGAAUAUGCUUUCACACUUUAUCACAGCAAUCGGACACAUUAAACCUCGACACAAAACUGGACUUACCCUAGAAAACCAGCGCAGAGUUUCUCGUGCCAUCAAGCGUGCAAGAGCAAUGGAUUUGUACAAGAAUGGGCACAGAAAUAUCAGUAAAAAGUUUAAAAAACAAUCUUGUCAGAAAGAUUGA